UCAUGGAAAGACUUCCCUACACAGAAGAACUCUACGAUAUGGAGACUGACCAGCUCCAAGAGGUCCUCCUUCAUGUCCAACAGAUUGAAGAGUUGAAGGAACUUCCUUCAGGACAGGAGUUACCUGAAGAUUGUGAAGAUCUUGAGGAUUACCAAGACCAGGCUAGAGAGAUUAGAGAAGUUGCUACUGUGGAAUUAUAAAUGAGAGGAGGCAAGUUGAAGAUUUGGUAGCAAGCUUUGCUAAUAUGGAGAUGAAGGAGUAUAAGUAUGAAGGAGUCGAAGAGACUAAGCAGCAGGCUCCAAGAAAACCGUAUGAUUAUAAACAGGAACUUAGCCAGCCCAUGACAGUUGAUGAUGUAUUGAAUAAUUACAGUCAGAAACCGCCGGAAGAUGAUAAUUUAUUGAUGCUUGAUGUUGAUCAGUACUUGAAACAGCUGGAAUCGCCUGAAAAAGAUCCUCAUACAGAAAGUAUCAUGACUUCUCAGCAUAGCGAUGCUGACACUAUUCAGAGGAAGGAAGAGAAUGAUUAUGACUCUUAUUCAACUUCAGGUAAAAACAAGAGCACUUCAGGGACGCUUUACAAUCAACCAAGGAUUGGCUCAUCUAGUACAGCUAAAAGAGGAUUAGCAUCGAAGAGCAAGAGUAAAGAUAUGAUGGCUUUUAUGAAGCAGCAAUUGGCUAAGACCAAGCAGACUGGAAAAGAAGGCCAGUAUAUGAUUUCUAGUGGUGCUACAAAGAGUAGGUAUGCUGCUCCAAAGAAAAGAGAAAACUCUAAAACUCGAAAUGCAAGACCUAAGCCUCUGAAAAGAUCAUCUAGUAGACAAAAGAGACCACCACUGAAGCCAAAUUUGAAAGGAACAAAGUCUAUCACCAAAAAGUCAGUCAAAAGACCAACAGCCAAUAGUUCUAUGGGGGAGAGCUCAUUAAAUAUUUCUAAGGGUUCAAUCAAUACUAAUCCUUUCAAACCUCCGUUGCCUAAAAAGACUCCAAAAGCUACUCCAAAAAUAGAAAAAGAUUUAGACAUAACAGAGACUCCUAAAAGUGUGAUUAGCUCUAAAAUGCGCGAAACUCCAGACAAAUCUGACGGCAUUCAGUCAUUAAAAGAAGAGACUAAAGAUUUUGUCACAAAGGUUGACACAGAAGAAUUUACUAACCAAGACAAUGACUCGCCAGAAGGUGAAGCUGACGAGACAGAACAGAUUGAUGAAAUAGAUGAAACUCUUCCUUCUCAAAAGGGACUUUCCUCUGAAGAUACUUCUCAUAUUGAGGACAUUAGUAAUAAGCAAGAAGAUAAAUCACAGCAUCAACAGUUUAAGCUUGAAUCUCAAAAUGAUGAACUAGAACAUCAGCCAGAAACCGAGGAAGUUUCUUCGAUAAAACAGCAAGAUGAUAUUCCACAGGAAAAAGAAUCACUGAGUGAAGUCAAAAUAAUCAAAGAGAAUGGAAAGCGAGAAGUCGAUACGAUUCUGCAAAUCCAGCAGCAAAGCUUAAGUGACGAGGAAAGUGAUCAAGAAGAUGGCCUUAAUGAUAUGUUUAGCAAGGAAUCUCCUCCUGCUAAAAGCCAUAAGGCUCAGGAGGGGGAAGAAUUAAAUAACCAGGAGAAGACACAAGUGGUAGAUUCUGAGAAUGAUGACGACCAAAAGCCUGAUAAGGAAAAUACUUCAAUUGAAGAAACUGAGGGAAAGCAGAUGAAGAAGAGUAAAAGAAAAUCAAAACCUGUUUCAAAGAAACAAGAGGAAAAUGAUGAGCAGUUUAUCCAUCCCUUGAUGAACAAAUUACAGUCAAUGAUGGAGAACCCUUCCUUAGAGGGAGAGCCUUUACCAGAGUCUGAGACACUGAAGAAGUGUGAAGAACUGAAUACUGAGCUUGAUGAAAUGAUGAAUAGACCAAAGGUAACUAUUCCUUUGACUCCAUUAAAAGAGAAUCAGUCUGAGCUUCAGACUCUCACUGUAGAAGAGCCAGUUACUGAGCAAAGGAAGUUAAUAUCACAGAAAAGUGCUAAUGAUGACAAAUCUCAGGCAAAUACACUAACAGAGAAAAAGCCUAGAGUCCCACGUCAGCCUAAAUUGAAAAAGAAGAAGGCUAAAAAGAAGGAAGAAAUCAUAGAUGAAGAUGUUGUGGACUAUUCUCAUCUCUACAGUUCAUUCUAUGAUAUAUUUAACAGCUUUGUUCAGCAUCCCAAGAGCUUUGAUCCAAGUGCAACUUUGAGAGAGGUACGGAAUCUAUACUCCACUUAUAUCAGCUUGAUGGAUUCAAACAUAUUGUUUGCUGCACCAAAGUUCAAAUUUGAGGCUGCUCCGUUGGAAAAAUAGCUAUUACGACUACACAGUUCCAAACCAUUACGUUAUGACUGGGAAGAAGAUUAAUGAUAUGGAACUUGAAGUAAAAUAACAGGGAUAAUGACCUUCUUAGGCAGGCAUACACUCAGGCUCAACUAAAGCAGCGGUAUCUAAAAAUGAAGAAAAUGGAUGAAGAGGCGAUUGUUCAAGAGAAUAUUGAGAAAAUCAAAACCGAACUCAAGAAAAACAAACUUAUUGAUAUCGAAAAAGAGCCAAAUUUCUUAUUCAGGGUUGUCAAGAACAAAACUGAGGUUUAUGACAUCAUCACUCGUGCUUUCAGUCGGAAGAAAAUGUGGAAUGAGCUUCCACACGGGUUGGACUUACGAAAUUCAUGGAACUUUAUGUGGUCUUGGUCCAAGAUUCGGAUAGAUAUCUCCAAACUUCUCGUAUGGCAGAGAUGUAAUCAUUUUCCUCAGUCGAAACAACUGUGUCGUAAGGAUAAUAUCAAGAAGAACUUGGAAAGAGCGAUGAGGCUGAGCCAGGGAAACAAGAAAUAUUUCUAUAUCAUGCCUGAAACUUAUAUCCUACCUAAAGAAUAUGUAACCUUUAUUGAAUCCUUCCUUGAAUGUGAGGAACGAGAGGGCAAGAAGAAUUACUGGAUCAUCAAGCCUGCCGCGAAAUCACGUGGAAGAGGUAUCAGCUUGAUCAAUGACGUCACUUCGAUCACUUAUGGCGAACCACUGGUGAUUCAGAAAUAUUUAAAGAAUCCAAUGCUUCUGAAUGGAUUCAAAUUUGACUUAAGGAUAUACGUCUUGACUACCUCGUUCAAUCCUCUGGAGGCCUUUAUCUAUAAGGAAGGGUUUGCGAGACUAAGUACUAUUCCUUUCACACUGGACCCAGAGCAGAUGACUAACAAAUUUGUGCACUUAACUAAUUACUCCAUCCAGAAAAACAGUAUGACAAAGAAUGAUGUUGACUGAGCUGAUGUUACCUUCGGUGGUACUAAAAUCUCUUUAACAAGUUUAAAGAAGCAUUUUACCGAGAAAGGUAUUGAUUAUGAUGAAAUUUGGGAGCAGACUAAGGAAAUCUGAGUGAAGAGCCUCAUUGCUUGCCAAAAGGAAAUUCCUAAUAAUCCAUGAUGCUUUGAACUUUAUGGAUAUGAUGUCAUGAUCGAUGAUAAUGGCAAAUGAUGGCUGGUGGAAAUCAACUCGAGUCCUUCCCUCGCCAGAGACCAUUUGCUAGAUGAUAUUAUAAAGCAAAGACUCAUUGAUGACACUAUUGACCUGAUCGAUCCUAUUGAUUUUGAUAGGAAGAGGUUAUUUGAGGUCCUUGAGAGAAGGAUCAGCCAAGAUAUUAAACAAAAUACUAGUGUAAAUGGUACUAAUGCAAAGAAGCAGAUGAUGAACCGCGAUCUUACUUAUAUUCUCAACGGUAUUGUUCCCAGAGCUGUUGGUGAAGAUCCAAAAUUAAUGGGAAAUUAUGAAAGACUAGCACCUUCACAAAUGUCAGAUAGAGUGUAUAGUAGAUUAAAUGACACUAAAGGAAAACCAAAGAUCAAGGUUCCGAACCUUAUCGAGCAGAAAUCUACCUAAUUAAUGCUUUAUGUGUAACAAAUUC